GACAGUACACAUGUAAUUUUUAUUUACCCUGAUGUAUCACCAUUACAAAAGAAAAUCACUGAAAGAUGCAGAGGGUUAUGGAGACCCAGACUGGUGCCCAAAUACAUGCAGCCAUGGACCGUGAGGUCACCAGCCAAGCGGUUGUGAUGCCAGCAAGAGAUGACUGUGAUCUCACUGACUCUUGUGUACAAAUUUGGGCGCUGGCAGAGACCACUGUGGACUCGUGCCUGGACUCCAGUUGAGCACAGCUGCAAGACUUGGAGCACUGAACGAGGACUUGGUUGUGUUGUGCUGUGGGGUUGCCGGCAGCAGUUCUUGGUGCCCAUCCCACAGCAUCGCCUGUGUGACCCUGGCCUGCCUGGCUCAGGCAGCUGGGGCUCUGUGGGGUGUGCUUGCAGCAGUGGAGUUUGUGACACCUUCUGCUUGCUGCAGCACCAUUGAGGGGAGCAGCUUCCUGACGUCAGCUCUCCCCAGCCCACCGCUCAGCCCAGGGCCAUGGAGGUGCCGUCAGACUGGACCUGCCCCAUCUGUGGGCACAGUCAAGGCGAUGUUGCCUACACGACCCCCUGUCUCCACCAACUUUGCUAUGGCUGUGCGCUCUGGUGGGCAAGGAAAAAGCCAAGAUGUGCCAUAUGUGGGCACAAGAUCUGGACCAUCCGAUGCUCAGUGAGGUCGGAUGACGAUUACAUUGAGUGCCCUGUCCCGCAGCCCGCAGUGCACUCAGGUUAUGCCCUGCAGGGAGAGCAGGAGCCUGCAGAGCCAAUCCUCCUGCCUCCAGAGUACAGCUUCCCACCUGAGAUCUGGGCUGCUUUUUUCCAAGAACACCCACAAGACCUCAGGCCCCUGCUCCAGUGGCUCCAAAAAGAAAUCAGGAGCAUGACCGUUGAUGGGUGGUGGGAGGUGCACGCAAGGCAGAGCAUCGUUCUAGGCUUCCUGUGCAAGUACGGGCUCGAUGAGGCAGCCUUGCAGCAGGAGCUGCAGCUGAGUUUCAGAGGCCUCACAGCGCGCUUUGUGAGGAGGCUCAUCAUCAUCGCCACAGCCCUGUAUGGACCAGAGAUCCGCCGGCAGCAGGACCGCCAGGACGCCCGUGCUGUGGGAGGGCACGACAGCCCCACGGCCACCCCCAGUCCCGUCACCUCCCGUCAGGAGCCUCCUGCCUCUAGCCCAGGCCACUCCAUCAAUUCUGCAGGCCCUGGCACUGAGGAGCUCCCCAGCAACCUUCCUGGGGGUCCUGGGCACCCCACCACUGCCACUGUGUCCUCAAAGGAGGAGCUACAGGAAGAGCCAGAUCAGGUGGAAGCAGUGGGCUCCUCUGCCCCGGGCAGGAACUGCUUGGCUGGAGAGCCCCGGCACUCCCAGAAGAGGAAGGCCUGCAGCAGCCCCCAGGACUCAUCCCCACCCCGCAAGAGGCCACGCCGGCAGUAGCACCAGAGUGGCACCACUGGGCAGAGCAUGGCUCAGGUGGGCUGGAAGGCAAACAUCAACCUCUCAGUCUGAUUCUGAGAGAAAGUAAAAAUAAAAUUAAAAAAUAACAGAAAAAACAUUUUGUUGUCUCUGAACAGCUUCCUUUAGAAGGUGUUUCCCUAAUAUGCAGCCAUCUGAAUGUUUCUGGCUUUCUUUCAGAGAGACUUUUUAUUCUCUUUAAUGGCUUUCAUUUUAUAUCCCAUUAAA